AAUCAAACGGUGAGUAACACUGUCUCUAAAGUGGAAGAAAAGUGGAGGAUUCUUCUCGGGUAACAAAGGUAGUGGCGGAGUGCAGAUUUAGGGUUUUAGCGUUUUAGGGUUUCGCAAUGGCGUCGAGACCGGAGCGAGUAGCACCGCCGGAGAUUUUCUACGACGAUACCGAAGCUCGCAAGUAUACUUCUUCUUCCCGUAUUAUUGAAAUUCAGGCCUCACUAUCAGAGCGAGCUUUGGAGCUACUCGCUUUGCCUGAAGACGGUGUUCCCAAAUUGCUUCUUGACAUUGGUUGUGGAUCGGGACUCAGCGGUGAGACACUCUCUGAGGAGGGUCAUCAUUGGAUUGGUCUCGAUAUUUCGCCUUCAAUGCUCAACAUUGCAUCAGAGCGUGAGGUCGAGGGUGACCUAUUACUCAGUGACAUGGGUCAGGGUUUAGGGUUUCGUCCUGGAGUUAUUGAUGGGGCUAUCAGUAUAUCUGCCGUUCAGUGGCUAUGUAAUGCUGAUAGAUCUUCUCACAACCCUCGGUUAAGAUUGAAGGCUUUCUUUACAUCUUUAUACAAAUGUUUGUCCAAUGGUGCUAAAGCUGUUUUUCAAGUGUAUCCUGAAAAUAAUGACCAGCGUGAAUUGAUUAUGAAUGCUGCAAUGCAUGCUGGGUUUGCUGGUGGCAUAGUGGUGGAUUUUCCACACAGUUCUAAGAAGAGAAAAGAGUUUCUUGUUCUCGCAUGUGGUCAACUAUCAACGAAUGCAUCUUUGUCCAAUGGUAGAAAUGAAGAUGAAAAUCAGUUAUCUGAUGAUGAUAGUGAGAGUGAAGAUGAAGAAAAUCAGACAGUGCGGAACUUAGACAGACAUAGACACUUGAAGAGACAGAAAAAGAAUAAGAGUGGCAAGGGAAGGGAAUGGAUACUGAGGAAGAAGGAUCAGAUGAGAAGAAGAGGAAACGAUGUUCCUCAAGAUACAAAGUACACAGGUCGGAAACGAAAGGGCCGAUUUUGAUAGUUUUUGGUGUUUGCCUCGUAGUGUUGCAUAUUUAUUUUUCAUUCUAUUAUUAUGUCAGUAUUUUAAAAAUAUAUAUAUCAGAAUCCCAUAUUUUCUUGAAUUGUUUCCUAGGGGUGCACUUAAAUAUGGGUGCCCCAAUUCUAGAAUACAUAGUUUUAAGUGAUGAGUAAUUAUAGUUGUCCCCAUUUUUCAUUUUAUCAAUUUUAUGGGUUUGCUGUAAUUUUCACGGGUCAGAUUUAUAAAUUUUGCAAGUUAUAGUUUA